AUGCUCAGCUUCAUCUCAUCAGCUUCAUCUCAUCAGCUUCAUCUCAUCAGCGUCAUCUCAUCAGCUUCAUCUCAUCAGCUUCAUCUCAUCUUCCACCUGAUUCUCCUGCUCCAGGGCCUUGCUCAGGGGCCCGACAGCUGUAACCUGGCGACGUUGGGGAUUGAACCCGAUCUGGCACAAAUAUUAGAAGUCCAUUUCGACUGUGGAGCCAAGGUGGACGUCUCCGACGUCAAGGGUCUCAUUCUGUCCCCCGGCUUUCCGAAUAAUUACUCCUCGGGCACGCACUGUGUCUGGCAGUUCUUCGUCCCCGUCGGUCACCAGCUGACCAUGGAGAUGUUCGACUUCGACGUGUUCCGGAGUCCGGGGAGAAACCCCGCCCUGUCCGUGGACGUCCACGAGGAGGAAUCGAGUGUGGAGGAAAACCCCAACGGCGCACCGAAGGAACGUCGGUUCACGCAGAGGACGGAGGAGAAGCAGGUCGUCGUCCAGAAAGAUUCCGGCACAAUGGAGCCACCGGAAAAUUCCGUCUUUAUUUCGUCUUCAGGAGAUGAAACCACCGACCUGAUCCCGUCCACCACGUCUCCUGAAGAUCAUCCUGAAAACGUUUGUCCUGACGAUGUCCUGUACAUCACCGACCUGAUCAGGUUCUCCCUGCGGUUCUGCGGGUCCGAGCGUCCGUCCGGAGGUCAGCUGGUGUUCGGCUCGGACGUGGCGAUGGUGGAGGUCGUCAUGGAGCUCAUCACCAGCACGCACUGGGGUCGAGGAUUCGCUUUGGUGUUUUAUUACCAGAACAGGACUCAGGAAGUCGCCGAGCUCGGGGGCCGGAGAUCCUCGGGUCGCUCUGAUGGGGAGGUGGCGGCGCUGCUGGCUGCUGUUAGCAUAGCCGCUCUGUUCGGCGUGGCUUUUGUUGUGGUGCUCUGCGUGAUUCUGAGAAGCAAAAUGUGCACAAAAGGAUUGAACACGGCGUCGUCCGUCACCUCAGAGGUUCCGGUACAGAACUCAGAACCUUCUGAUGGAAAUGAGCUUCAUUUAGUAGCUGCUAAUCGACCUGAUCGAGGGCUCGACAAAAACGAUAAUCUCACCCUGUCACACACAGGCUCAUCGGUGCACCAUGUGUGUGAAAUCUCCCAGAAUGCUCAGCUGGAUUCUUCCAAUGGGCUGUUGGAACUAGAGCUGGGAACAGAUGAAGUGUUUAUGAUCUCGAACGUGGCCACGCCGACCGUCUCCUCUCACAUGCACUCUUCUCCCUAUAGAACUCUCAUCCCUCCUCUGCACAUGCUCAAACCAUCCUAA